UGCCCGCGCGAGACCCGGGCUGGGGUCGUGGUCAUGUGAAGGACCGCCCCCUCCUCCGCUCGUCGGGCCCCGCCCCGCGGAGGGAAGAUGGCGGCGCCCAGCGCGGCGGGCCUGGCCUGGCGGCUGCGGGCCUGGCUGCCCCGGCUGACGCAGGUGCGAUGGAGUCGCUACAACCCCAGUUACAUAGAGCCAGAAGUGAGCAAGGAAUUGUAUGAGAAACCUUGGGAGGAGCUGUCUGAGGAGGAAAAGGAAAAGCUGGAGCUUAAGGCUGUUCGACCUGUGAAAGCUGCUCCUGCCACUGUCUCUAGCUCUGUGUUCAGCGACCCGAUGAUCAGUAAAUUCACCAAUAUGAUGAUGAAGGAUGGAAAUAAAGUGCUGGCCAGAAGCCUCAUGGCUCAGACUCUAGAAGCCAUUAAGAGGACACAGCUGGAGAAGUACCACAAAGCUCCGGAAGAUGAGAAGGAGAAAAUUGAAUGCAACCCUUACAUCAUUUUCCACCAGGCUCUGAAAAACUGCCAGCCUAUCAUUGGGCUCAGCAACAUCACAAAAGGAGGCAAAACCUACCAGGUCCCGGUUCCUCUGAAGGACAAUCGGAAGCGCUUCCUGGCCAUGAAGUGGUUAAUCACCGAGUGCCGGGAGAACAAGAACCGUCGGAUGCUGAUGCCCGAGAAGCUCUCCCAGGAGCUUCUCCAGGCCUUCAACAAUGAAGGGCCCAUCAUCAAGAAGAAGCACGUGCUGCACAAGAUGGCAGAGGCCAACCGUGCUUACGCCCACUUCCGCUGGUGGUAGGGCCAUGGCGAUGGGACACGGUGCCGCCACCCCCACGGCCUGGAGAGCAGAGCCCCAGGGCCGCCCGCCUGGGAGAAGCUGGGAAGAAGAAGGAAGGGUGGAAGAUCCCUUCCAGACUGAACUUCUGAAGAUCCCUUCCAGACUGAACUUCUGAACUAAGCCAGGGAAAGCUCAUCCGAUCCCCACAAAGUUCAUUUCCUUUGUGCUUGUUUGGACAGGGGAAGGGGAAUAUCAAGGCGUUACCAACCCCUGCACGGAUGCUCGAGUUAUUUCAUAAUCACCUUCCUGUGAAGACAAGCCUUAGAUGUUUUUCUUAGAGCAAAUGCUGUACAAAAUCUUCCACUUACCCGGUUCCUGGGACUUUUACGUCUCUCUGCUCCUGUAACCAGCAAUGGUUUUGGCUACAGAGCUGGAUUUUUUUCCCAUACCACAACCAGCCUUGGCGUGAUCGGUACAGAAGGCAAUAAAAGGCCCUUUUUGAUUUUUGGUUCUGGUCAUCAGCAGCACUAUCUGCACGGAUCUGAUGGGAAUGUUAACAGAUAAAAAUAAAACCAGUUUUAUGGAGAA